AAGAAGAUCUUCCAUUUCAAACGAUUAUGUGGUUUACACUAUUAAAAAUGAUGGGACUUAAGCAUGGAUGAAGAUCCGAUCUCAUUCAAAAUGGCCAUGGAAAGUGAAAAUUCUGGAGAGUGGUUUGAUGCCUCAAAAGAAGAAAUGAAAUCUAUGGAUGAUAAUCAUGUAUGAGACUUAGUAGAGUUGCCCGAUGGUUUCAAAAUCAUUGGUUGUAAAUGGGUCUAUAAGACUAAACGUGACCCGAAAAGUAAACCUGAAAGACGCAAGUCUCGCCUUAUUGCUAAAGGUUUCACCCAGAAAGAUGGCAUUGACUAUAAAUAUACCUUCUCUCCGGUUUCAAAGAAGGAUUCUCUUAGAAUUGUUUUGUCUUUUUUGGCUCAUUAUGAUCUUGAGCUUCACCAGAUGGAUGUGAAAACUGCCUUUCUGAAUGGAGAUCUUGAGGAGGAAGUAUAUAUGGACUAACCCAAAGGUUUCGUGGUCGCAUGAAAAGAAAAUUUGGUGUGUAAGCUGAGAAAUUCAAUAUAUGGACUAAAACAAGCUUCUCGACAAUGGUAUAUAAAUUUUAAUGAAACCAUCACGUCAUAUGGUUUUGUAGAGAUCAUCGUUGAUCAAUCUACAUUAAGAUCAGGGGGAGUAAGUUUGUGAUAUUAGUCCUAUAUGUUGAUGAUAUUUUGCUGCAAAUGAUAUGGGUAUGUUACAUGAUGUGAAGAAGUAUCUCUCUAAGAACUUUGAAAUGAAAGAUAUGGGUGAGGAAUCUUAUGUGAUCAGGAUAGAAAUAUUUCGAGAUAGAUCACAAGGACUGUUAAGUUUGUCUCAGAAAGGAUAUAUCAAUAAGAUCUUAAAGAGAUAUAAAAUGGAGAAAUGCUCUGCAAGAAUAGCUCCAAUUCAGAAGGGGGGACAAGUUCAGUAAAAUGCAAUGUCCUAAAAAUAAAUUUGAGCUUAAAGAAAUGGAAAGAAUUCCCUAUGCAUCGGUGGUUUGGAGUUUGAACUAUGUUCAGACAUGUACUCGACCCGAUAUCAACUUUGUUGUUGGAAUGUUGGGUCGAUAUCAAAGUAAUCCCGGAAUGGACCACUGGAAAGCUGCAAAGAAGGUUCUCAGGUACUUGUAAGGCACCAAAGAGCACAUGCUUACAUAUAGGAGAUCUGAUCAGCUAGAAGUCGUUGGAUAUUCAGAUUCAGACUAUGCCGGAUGCGUUGAUAGCAGAAAAUCGACGUUUGGCUACUUGUUCCUAUUAGCUGGGGGAGAAAUAUCAUGGAAGAGUGGAAAGUAGUCUCUCAUUGCUACUUCCACUAUGGAGGCUGAAUUUGUGGCAUGCUUUAAGGCCUCAAUUCAGGCACUAUGUCUGCAGAACUUUAUCUCAGGGCUUUGGAUUGUCGACACUAUAGCCAUGCCGCUGAGAAUUUACUGCGAUAAUUUUGCAGCUGUCUUCUUUUCAAAGAACGACAAGUACUCGAAGGGUACUAAGCACAUGGAGUUAAAGUACUUGUCUGUUAAAGAAGAAGUUCAGAAACGAAGAAUGCCAUUUGAGCACAUAAGGACGGACAUGAUGGUAGCGGAUCCGCUAACUAAAGGUUUACCACCCAAGGUGUUCAAUGGCCAUGUAGAACGUAUGGGUAUUAUAGAUAAGCUUUGCUAUUUUAGUUAUGGGAUGCUCAUUAUGUAUUUGACACUGAGAAUUCACAUAAAGUUAUGUUUCUGAUUUAUUUACUAAUUAUGUUAUCAUUAAAGUAUGUGUAUAUACUUAUGGUUCGUAGAUAACAUAUGGUUGGUUUGAGAAAUGAAAAUUCUUCUCAUAUAAGGAUUGAUAUAAAAUUUGAAUUGAUUUGUGAUACAUGGAAGGGGCUAUGUCGUUUAAUGGCAUACAACCGCCAUGAUUCGAUCAAUUUAAAUUUUAGUAAAGAUCAAGUGAACUUGAUAUAAAAGUUCACAUUAAAGUUAAUGAACCCUUAAAUCAACAGAGGGGUUACGUGGGAGAAUGUAAGGAAUAUUUUAUAUUCGUUGUGACCUAUGUGUCUAUUGGUUUAAUAUAAAGUUCAAGUUCAUGUUAAUGUUUUUAGAUUCUAAUAUAAAAGGUGAUACCUUGAUGGAUCGGUUUCAUGAGUUAGAAUGCGGAUGUGUUGAUAACCCUCAUACUUUUACCUUAUAUCUAUAAAUGUCCUUAAUCUCAUGAUCAUAUAUACGUAUAUGUAAAAGGUAAUAAUAAUGGAAUAUAUUACCAAAGUUUUGAUAUAUAUGAUGAUACAUUAUUUAGCGCUGUGCGAUUAAAAUAAUGAAGUGUUAUGUCCAAGAGUUGUGUUGGUUAAGACACAUCUCUUUGAUUAUUAUAAAAGUGACUAGUACAUCAUUUUACUUGUACGUAUGAAAGAGUCUCUCUAAAACACAAAACAACAAUACUGAUUAUCAAAAGGAGAGAUUAAAGAAGGUUUGAGAUUUCUUGUCCAUCAAAGAAAUCACCAAAGAGAAGGUUAAAAUGGAGAAGAUCAAUUGGUGGAAUUGCAUCCAAGCAUGGAUCAAGGUUAGUGUUUCUACUUUCUUUAGAAAUGUGUUAGGAUUGAACUAAAUCAAAUCUAGAUUAGGUCUUGGUGUAGAUUUCAUAAUUGAAAUCAUAAAAUUAAUUAACAACACUGACUCCAAUCUCUUUUCUAUUUAAAUCAAUCAAAAACAUAAAAAUAGGUACUCUAAACUACCGUGUUACAAACAAAAAAAAAGUCUAAACUACCAAACAAAUCUUGUGUUUUGUUCUCUGGUUGGAUCCCUUAACAAUCUACAGACGGGAACCACAAUAAGACAUGAGGACACGAGCCCAAAUUCAUCCUGGUUUGUGGAGCUAGCAUACGCCGCAAAACCACAGUUACGCCACCAUUGCGACGAUAUCCGACACUAAGAAGCACCAGAAACCCGAUGAACACACCACAUAAAAUGGGGCUCAUGCAGAGCAGAACUAAAAAGAAGAUGAGUUCUUUCACAGCAUCGCGGGAGCGCCAACGCCGAAAAGACAACGAAAAAAGAUAUUGCUUCUUGUACAAGAGAGAAGAAAGAGUUUUUGAAAUUAUAAGAGAGAUGUACAUAAAAGGAUAUCCUUCCAAAUAUUAUAUCACAUCGAUCAGUGGGAUAUUAUUUCAAAGUUUAACUUCGGGUUGCACUUAUACUGAGUAGCAAACUUUCAACGGUAUGAAAUUAUUAUUAAAUGAUUAAUCUGAUAAUUUGUCUCACGCAACCACAUGUGUUACUCCGUAUCCUAAGAGCAGCAUUAACGCAAACUCUUAGUGAGUUUUAAGAGCUAUGGGGCUCGCAAAAAAACUAAAACCCAGCCAUUUUUCCUCUUCUGCAAGAGGCGAGUACGGUGGAGUAUUUAUACUGUUCGCGGGCCCCACUGGCACGUGGCAGCCCGCGAUUGGUCCAUUUUUAAUUUUUUUUUUUUUUUAAUCGGACAGAACAAAAAAAUAAAUAAUAAAAAAAUAAGAACCCACUCUCCCCCUUUUGCGUUAAUGCUGCUCUAAGGGCCAGCUAUUCAAUGGUGGGUGACUUAGGCUCAAAGCGACUUAGACGUCUAUUAAACCAAAGAUUACAUGAAGAACCAUCUAAAACGCAAACACAUGUUAUGAGCAAGAAGAAGAUGAAGACUGGUCUUGUAAUCAUAAACUGUAUAAUCCUGGCCAUUGGAAACUGCGGAGGCCCUCUAAUCACGCGUCUCUACUUCAGAAACGGUGGCAAACGGAUCUGGUUCUCAAGCUUCCUCCAAACCGCAGGCUGUCCCAGCAUCCUCUUCCCUCUUCUCUUCUCCUUCCUCCGCCGUAAAGAAGCAACAACGACUCCUUUUUUUCUCAUAAAACCUCCUCUGUUCUUGGCUUCUAUUGUGAUUGGUCUGCUCACUGGCGUUGACAAUUACCUCUACGCUUACGGGUUAGCUUACCUCCCAGUUUCCACUUCUUCUUUGGUCAUCUCCUCCCACCUAGCCUUCACUGCUUUCUUCGCCUUUUUCAUGGUGAAGCAAAAGUUCACGCCAUUUAUUAUAAACGCCGUCGUUUUGCUUACUCUGGGUGCCGGAAUCCUUGCCCUUCACACCGACGGUGACAAGCUUGCCAAAGAGACACACAAGGAGUAUAUCGUUGGGUUCUUCAUGACCCUUGCUGCGGCUAUUCUCUACGCGUUUGUAUUGCCGCUUGUGGAGCUCACUUACAAGAAAGCUCGUCAACGAAUCAGCUACACGCUUGUGCUCGAGAUGCAGUUGGUCUUGUGCUUUGUCGCCACUUGCUUCUGCCUCGUUGGGAUGCUAGCUGAUGGCGAUUUCAAGGAGUUAGCAAGAGAAGCAAGAGAUUUUAAGCUUGGAGGGUCUACUACGUAUUACUAUGUGGUGGUUGUGUUCACGGCCAUCAUCUGGCAAGGCUUUUUCUUGGGAUCUAUUGGGAUGAUCUUCUGUGCAUCGUCUCUGGUCUCUGGAAUUCUGAUCUGUGCUCUGCUUCCGUUGACAGAGGUCUUGGCCGUCUUUUUCUUCCGGGAGAAGUUUCAGGCGGAGAAAAGUAUCUCUUUGUUUCUCUCCCUUUGGGGAUUCGUCUCUUAUUUCUACGGACAGAUUAAAGCCGAGAACAAGACUGAGACUCCGGAUCAGGAGGCACAACUCUCUCAGCUUCCAGUUAUUGAUUCGUAGCUUAAAAGCACCUAACUUGUUACACUUAAGUUUUUCUUUACUUUUAUUAAUGAUGUUUCUCAUUUGUCUACUGUUCUGUAACAUCUAUGGUUUUCAUGAUUUGCCCUUGGUUUUCAA